UAUAAAGAAACUAUUGGAUUGUUUAACGAAGGUAGAUGUUUCCUUUGUAAAGAGAAGGGUUAUAUUGAAUGCGAUUGUUUUAAGAAAGAGCGUUUCGAUUGUAAACGCCGCGAUUAUAUUGCCGCUAUCGUCGACUAUUAUUUAAUUUAG